AAAAAAAGAAGAAGGAAAAAAAAAAGGCGUGGCGUGGUGUGUCCUCGUCGUGAAUUGAUUGAUCAGAAUCCCUACCUCGCCUGCCUGCCUCCCUCUUUCUUCCGCCUCCCGGAAAAAUCCCGAUUCUGCUGUGCGCGCACUCGAUCCACCCUCAGCUUCGCCUGCCAUGGCGACCGGCUCCUCCUCCUCCUCCGCCGCCGCCGAUAAGAACGCCGUCUUCCGCAAGCUCCGCGCCAAAUCCGACAACAAGAUGUGCUUCGAUUGCAACGCCAAGAACCCCACCUGGGCUUCCGUCACCUACGGUGUCUUCCUCUGCAUCGACUGCUCCGCCGUCCACCGUAGCCUCGGCGUCCACGUCUCCUUCGUCAGAUCUACAAAUUUGGAUUCGUGGACCCCAGAACAAUUGAAAAUGAUGGUUUAUGGAGGUAACAACCGUGCACAAGCUUUCUUUAAGCAGCAUGGUUGGACAGAUGGUGGAAAAAUUGAAGCGAAGUAUACUUCAAGAGCUGCUGACUUAUACCGGCAGUUGCUUGCGAAGGAUGUUACUAAAAGUUCCACUGAAGAUGGCAAUAAUAGUUGGCCAUCCUCCCCAGUUGCAGCUUCACAACCCUCGAAUCAAGAUGCUGCAAUUUCAGAUCUUAAGCUGGUGGAGGCAUCUAAGGAAGUUGUAAGUGAGAAGACUGAGCCUGAGGUUAUUCUUUCACCUAGGGCUCCAACCCAUUCUUUCAAGAAGCCAAUUGUUGCAAAGAAGCCUGGAAAUAAGACUGGUGGACUUGGUGCACGAAAACUUACGUCAAAGCCAAAUGAAAGUCUCUAUGAGCAGAAGCCUGAAGAACCAGCUCCUGCCCUGCCACCAGUGACUGAGAACAGUACAGCAAGGAGCAAAUCUCAUACUUCACGAUUUGAAUAUGUGGAAAAUAUACCUUCUGCUGGGAGCAACUCAGAAGAAAAUCAGGUGGUUGGACAUGUUGCACCUCCAAAGUCUUCCAACUUCUUUGGUGAAUUUGGGAUGGACAGUGGAUAUCACAAAAAAUCUGCCCCUGGCCCAUCCAAAGUUCAGGUUGAAGAAAGUAGUGAAGCAAGACAGAAGUUUUCAAAUGCAAAGUCGAUUUCAUCUUCUCAGUUUUUUGGUGAUCAGGCCAGUUUUGAAAAGGAGGCUCAAGUUUCCCUCCAAAAGUUUUCUGGAUCUUCUGCCAUUUCAAGUGCUGAUUUAUUUGGUCAUCCAACCAAUAGUUCCAACGUUGAUCUGAGUGCUUCAGAUUUGAUCAACCGUCUUUCAUUCCAGGCUUCUCAGGACCUGUCUUCUAUCAAGAACAUAGCUGGGGAAACUGGGAAGAAGUUGACAUCUUUGGCAUCGAACAUCAUGUCUGAUCUUCAAGACCGGAUCCUCUGAGUUAAAUUUACAAUUGAAACUCCGUGACAUGCCUUCAGCCGUUACAGGAUUCGCCGUGACAAUAAGGUGACGGCCUGUCUGGUAGGCAGAUCUGUUCAGGAGUUUCUAUAACUUCAAAAACUUACUAUAGAGCUGGGGCUAUAGAGAAAGGUAAUAUCGUGAAUGCUGUGUUGGCCAAAGUCAUGUAAGCAUUUGCACAUGUAACAGGAAUGUUUUUGUCGCAAAUUUGCUAGAUACUGUCUUAGUGAGUACCAUAUAAUACCUAGUACAUAUUUUACCAUAUGGAAGUUAAUACCAUACCCGUAAUUUGUCA